AUGGACACCGCAAAGUCAACGACCACCCGGGCCAUCCUUCAAGAGCCUCCCCAACCAGAGACGGCCCUUGCGAUCACCUAUCGGCAGACACAAGCCAGCGAUGCGGCCGGCAAGAACCCAGACUUUGCACACUAUCGCGAUCUGAAGACGAGACAUGGGCGCUCACUCGGCGAUCUCGUGAUUGAGCCCCUUGCCGAUAGAGAGCUCUACCCCCGCGUCAUCUGCCAGGUCGACAGCCUGCCCGGGCUGCUUGGCAACGACGGGCGCAUUCCGUCAUUCGACCUGGUCAUUCUCGAUGAGAGCGAAUCGAUACUCGCGCACCUUUCGGCCGACACCCUCUCUUCCAGGCACAUCGUCAUCCGGCUUGUCGUCGAUCUGCUUCGGCGUGCACGCCGAGUCAUCUGCCUGGACGGACAUCUCGGCCAACGGACCUUCGACUUUGUGACGAUGCACAAGAUUCGCUGCUCCCCAGUAAUCAUCAACAAGCACGUGCCAGAGCGGCCUCUCGAGUUCGAGUUCCUCGAGGGGCGAGCAGGGCUCCAGCUGUGGGAGAGCGAAAUUUCCGACGCGCUCAAGGCCGGCCAAAACGUGUUUGUUGUAAGCAUGUCGUCGGACAGAGCCCAGGGCUUGGGGAGCGCUAUGGCAGAGGAGGGCCUUUUAGAGGAGAAGGACAUUCUUGUCAUCACGCGCCAUUCUGAUGGGGAGGUGAAGCGGGGCCUCGGGGAUGUGAACCGCAGCUGGAAGAAGCGGCUCGUGAUAAUCAGCCCCACGGUGGAGGCGGGGGUCGAUUUCAACCGGCCAUGGUUCCACCGGAUGUUCCUGUAUAUCUGCAUGGAAAGCACGCACCCGCGGGGCCUUGACCAGAUGAAGGGCCGAGUCCGGCAGCUAGUCAACCCGUUGGUAAUGUGCUUUGUUAGGAAGGGCAUCAAAAUGCCAACAGAGGGGGAGGAGGGAAGCGGGUACAGGACAAUCAUGGGGAAGAAUGCCGGACGGGUCCCGAGGCUUGGGGUCGAGGAAACGUACCAGUGGUUCCUCAAUCGGGACGGGAGGGUGGGCGCAGGGAUGUUUUGCGAGGCCCCGGUCACGCGCUUGCUUGCUCACAAUGAGAAGGAGGCCUUCAAUGGCCGAACGCACUUCUACGAAGAGUUCACUGAGCUGCUCGUGAGCGAUGGGCACGUCGUGAGGGGAGUGCGGAUCAUAGAUGCGGCCGAAGAAGAGGGGUUUGGCGGAACGGAUCUCGCGAGGGGCAAGAUUCUGCUCGAGCAGAUGGUCCAUGCCCCCCACAUCACUCCUGGUCAAUUUGCCGCCAUCGAAGCACGCGUCCGCAAGAUUGAGGACUACCCAGGGGAGAGGGUGCAGCUCGAAAAGUACCAGCUGGCACGAUUCUAUUGUGUGCGGCACCUGGACGCAAAUUUCAUCAGGAUCUUUGGACCCUACAAGAUCUCUGCGGUCGAGUUCGUGCUGCAAGUCGUAGACCCUCGAUAUGAGUUCGACACAACGGAGAUUGGGCGGCAUAGGUACCCCCGUCAGAAGUCUGACAUUGCCAGGGAGCUGCUAACGACGCUUGGCUUUCCGCAUCCCCUCUUCCAUGAGCACGUCACGGGCACUCUUGAAGAGUUGAGAGGGGUGCUAGCGGCCACCACUUACUUCCGUGACUACUCUGAGACCGUAAAACUAUUCCAAAAGCGUGCUCGCGGAAACGAAAAUGUCUUGGCAGAGCAGAAGUCGGCCACGAUUGCUCUCAACCACGUGUUUUCGGAGCUCGGGCUGCAGCUCGAGGCGACUCAAAUCGGCCGAGCGCCACGGAGCGUGGACAAGAAAGGGCGUGCUCGGGAGUAUGGGGGGUGGAAGCUGUUGCGGACGCCAAGGAGUCGGGAGCGGCCGGUUGUUGGGCCUGUGGGGGUGGAUCUCAUGGCCCAGCUCUUGAAGUUACGAAUCCAAGAUUCAGUCGCCCUGAGGGCGCGGAUCCCUGUCGCUCUUAGAGAGUACCUUGAGAGGGUUUGCUUCAGCCGAAUCGGGUCGGCCAUCCACCCCAUAAACUAA